CUCGGCAGAGUCGAUAUUCAUUCAGCUUGCUCAAGUGCUCGCUCAACUGCCUCCACACACACCGGCUGCCUCCGUCGGGCCUGGCAGCGUGUAACCUGCCUAACGAGAUUAGCAGGAAGGGGCUCUUCUCCACCAGCACCUGCCGGAAAGCCCCAGCGCAUCGGGUUGGCCAAGGCUUGCCUGAGACGGAUUAUAAACGUUUAAUGGGAAAUUCUGAACAGCACGUCCAGUGAAAUGGCAUCAGACAGUGAGGUAAAAACCCUGCUGAACUUUGUCAACCUGGCCUCCAGUGACAUCAAGGCAGCCCUGGAUAAAUCUGCUCCCUGCCGCCGGUCAGUGGACCACAGGAAAUAUUUGCAGAAGCAGCUGAAGCGCUUUUCUCAGAAGUACUCGCGGGUGCCGCGGUGCCACCCUACCAAGCCCCCGGAGUGCGGCCCACGCCGUGGAGCAGAGGACAGGGCCCGCAGCUGCCAGCCUGAGGUGCCUGACCCCGGCCCCCACAGUGCGGCUGCCACCGAGAAGGUGCUGCAGGCAGCCGAGGCGGAGGAGAGCCUGGCAGGGGAGCAGGUUGUGCCAGAGCAAAACCCUGAGGCCAGCAGGCCAGACCAGGUGCCCAUGAGGAAACGACAGCUUCCUGCCUCCUUCUGGGAAGAGCCACGGCCGGCACAGAGCAUCCCAGCCAGGGGCUUCCCCACGGGCCCCGAGGGGCUACCAGUCCCCAGGGACCCUCCUCCCUUUGAGGGGAAGAAAAGCAAAAGGAGCCAAGACACUGCCGGCCCUGAGAGCCAUGAUCCUGCCCUGCAUGCAGGGGAGGAAGAACCCACUGGUGUUCUCUCGGGCCGGGUGGGUGCCUGGACCUGCUGCCCCUUCCCCUGUCCUGGGCCAGCUGUCUACCAGCCCCCAGGAACACUGCCUCCAACACCUUUCCCAGGGCUGGGGCUCUGGAGGAAGGGCACUGCCACACUACCAGCCGAGGCACAGCCCUUCUGCAAGGAGGCAGAGGGCACAGGGCAGAAACUCUACAGGCCUGUGGUUUUGAAACCCAUCCCCACCAAGCCCACCAUCCCCCCACCAAUUUUCAAUGUUUUUGGCUACCUUUAGCCAGAGGAAAGAGCCAGAGUGUGAGACACUGGACAGAACAACCCCUUAGAGAGAGUUGAAGCAUCAGGUUGGGCACUGGGCACAAGGGGCUGGCUGUGUGGGGAAGAAGCUUCCAUCCAGAGAUUGUGUUGGCUGCACCGUUGUCCCCUGCACAAGCUGGAGUGAAUUAGUAACUGUACAGCCUCCAUUCUUCUCUUCCCAUGCAGGUGAAAAUCAGGAAUAAUCCGUAUGAAGCUGGUGGCAUGUCAUGUGUGGUGAAUCAGACCUCUUUUAUGGAAGCACAUGGUUGAAGCCAUGACAAGCAGGGCUCUGGGCCAUUCACAGCUGCAAUUGUAACACCUUGGAGACCUCCUCCAUGUGGGAGCAUCUUCCCAGGUUGCCCUGCAGCCACAGCACUGAAAUGAAUUACACUAGUUGAAACUGUUUUUGUACUUUAAAGUAAUUCCAGAGAAGACAAGAUAUUCAGGUCACUUCCUUUUGCGUGCAAGAGACUGGAAGGAUGGUCUUUAAUGUAGAAACUACAUUUGCGAAUUGA